AUGUCUUCCGCCUCCACCAAAGAUCUCACCAAGGCCAUCAAUUCAUUCCUGCCCAACUCUGGCCUGCCACUUCCAGACGAGCUAACCCAAGUCAUUGAUGCCUACCUCGAGAAGCACAAUGAGGAUGGAGCCUCAGAGCGCCUCCAGGAGGACCUCCUAUCUAUAUGGGAGAAGUCGGUCAGGGAGAACGUAGGCUCCUACGCUCCUUGGCUUGCCAUCCUGCGCAGACUUUUACCAGCGCUCAGGGAUCCAACAUAUCUUGUUCAAUGGUGGGACCAAAUGACAGAGCCGGUCCUCGACCAUAUGGCACAAGACAAAAAUCUGGCCAAAGAAGCUUGGGCAAACACUCUAGCUGUCCUUACCUACGACAAUGGCGUUGAGGCAGCAGAGGGUCAAGGGGCGAACCUGAUUGCUAUAAAGCUAUUGAAGACCUGGAUGCAGAGCUUUCAGUUGGCUAGCAAUGAUGGUAAUUCUUCAAUGGCUCUCAAAGCCACCCUGAUACGUAAUGGCUUGCUCAGCUACGGCAAGAAAAGGCCAAAGGGUCUUUUGAGUGCGUUGAACUCUUUCAUUGUUCAAAAGGAAUUUCGAGCCCAGGCUCUGACCCUCCUUUGCGAAUUCGUCCAGAGUGAGCCGCCACAUCUUCACGUUGUCCUGGAGACUCCACUCUUCGACAACCUCCUUCGGAGUCUGCAAAUUGAUACAUCGACAACGGUGGUUACGCUAGCCAUCACUGCGUUGACGAUGUUGCUACCGAAUGUGCCCAGCUCUUUGGUACCAUACCUCCCAAAGCUGUUCAAUAUAUACGCUCGUUUAUUGUUCUGGGACAGAGAGAGGUCUUUGGCAGCCGACAAUCCAGAGAUUGAUGACGAUGACGAGAAGAACUCAAUCGCUGACUGGGAAGUCUGCGUAUUCGCACCAGAUGCUGACAACAUGUCAAUCCCAAAUCUCCUGAGCUUCUUCACAAUUCUUUAUGGGUUGUAUCCGCUCAACUUUGUGGACUAUAUCAGGAAGCCGCAACGGUAUCUGCGUCAUGCGAACAUGCCAAAUGCCGACGAUAUCGAAGUCCAGCCUUCAGAAAUCCGCCAGAAGUCGGAAAGAUUCAGGCAGUACCACAUGCUUCAUCCAAACUUCUAUAACUUGACAUUAGAGUCGGAGAAGACAGAUUUCAGCAGAUGGAUCAAAAGCGAGUCGUCCGAAGUGGUCACAGAGUGCACUUCACUGUGCCUAGCCACCGAGCUCGGGGUAGGCGCCGAACUUGGACCUGCGCAAGAGUUCGGCCUGUCCGAGGUCGAUGAAAACACCAGGGCCGGAGCAGAUCAGCCAUUCCUUACCGGUCAAGCCAUUCUAGCAAGGACCUCAUCCCGGGAUCUGGCGAGCGCCUGGAGAAAUUCAGGUGCAGGGUCAGUAUCAGAAGAAGUACGAACAGCUGUGGGCGUGAUGCGGCGUGCAUCUCAAUCGAGUCACGCUCCUUCUCUCCGUGAGGCUUUCCAGACUCGCACCCGCGAGGGACCGGGAGACAGCCCUACUUUGCCGCCAUCGCUGGGUCUAUCAGCCUCACACACCAAUUUGCAGGAUAUGAUCACUUCUAAUAAAGUCAUCAAGACCGGUCUACACCAGUCGCUGGCCAACGAUAGUGUGCCAUCUCUCGCCUUGAGUCACCAGGAAUCCAUGCCUGAUAAGACUUCGAGCAAACUGUCUGCGCCAAUGGCCCCUGUUGCUGCUCCCCCAUCGACCGAGAGUGACGGAGAAAUCCAGCGACUGUACAAGAAGAUCCUCCUCUUAAGCAACGAUUUGAGUUUUGAACGUUACAUGAAACAACAACACAUGAUUCAUAUCGGUGAACUCAAGAGGCGGCAACUGAAGGAGGCUGCAACAGAAGCGGAAACGCAGAACCUCAUCAUGAUCAAUCGAAACCUGCGGAACCGAUUAGAAGAGGCAAAACGGUCGGAGCUGCGGGCGAAGAAGGAGUCUGAGAACCGGCGCAACAUAGCCAAGAAAUGGGAGACUGACUUGUCCGCGAAGCUCAAGCUUCUAAGGGAGGAGCAAAAGAAGUGGAGCAGUGAAGGAGCCGGCCUCAAGCGGGAGCUCGAGGCCAAGACGGAGGAGUGCGAGAAAUUGACGAAAAUGGUCUGUGGGUACGAGACCACGGAAUUGAACUCCAAACAGAAUCUUCAGGCAAUCAACGACCACGUUGAGGAGAUUGUGCGGCUCAAGGCGGAAGUGAACCGGCUCAUCGAAGUGGAACAGACAUACCAGGCUAAAGAGCGAGAGACAGCAGAGCGCCUAACUGAAGCCGCUGAAUCAAUUGGCCGAGCUGAGGUUUUGAGUAUGAAACUGGAAGCGCGCGACGCUGAGGUAGUGGAGGCGAGGAAGCUGUAUGAAUCACAGAUUUCCGACCUCAACACCAAACUUCAGGACGCGCUGCAGCACGGAGCCAGUCGGCCCAAACGAGAGAACGACUCCAACAAGGCCAUCGAGAGUGCACUAGCAGCAAGCCGGGCGAAGAUGGCUGAUUUGCAGAGGAGACACAACCUCCUGGUGAACAAGUGCACCGUUUUGCAGUCGUCGCUGCUCGAAAAGACAUCCAACAGCUCAAGGUCACCGGCUUUCUCCAGCACAUCAAGGAUGGGCGUCACUUCAGACUCAUCAGACGCAGAGCUCUCAGCAAUCGUGCAGAGUGGGGAUCCGCCGAGCCCGGUGCGAAGGAGGUCACGUCGUGGGCGAGGAUUCUCAGACCCUGAGCUCUUUGUCGAGGGAACAAAGUACAAUGUGACGCCACCACUUGACACGAUAACGGGAUCGUCGGUUGGCACAGUAUUACAUCGGCCUUCAACGCCGACCGGGAGCGCGGAUAUGCCUGCGGGAGGGGAUAGAAGCCCUACUGAUAGAGUUCACGGGAGAGGCAAGUGA